AUGGCCGAGGCCGACCGUGACCUGAUGCGCCUCCGCGCCGCCGCGCUCACGCUGCACGACGCCGCCAGGGACAAGCCGGACCGGAAAGCCGACGUCUUCGCGGAUCUCGGCUCGCCGGUCUCGCCGCUGCGCCUGCGCCCGGCAGCGACGCCCUCGUCCUCGUCCUCCUCUGCCGGCUCCGCCAAGUCGCCGGCGCCGGGCAAUGCGGCCGCGGGGAGGGGAGGCCGGGGGAGCCACUCGGGCGAGCUGGCGCCGGAGAGCACCAACCUGCCGCGCCCGCCUGGCCACCGCCGCUCCGGAUCUGGCCCGCUCAUUUUCUCCGGCGCCAGCAGCAGCGCCGGCAGCGUCGGAGGAGGAGGGGGAGGCGGCGGGAGCGGGAGCACCGCCAGCUCACCGCUCACCAAUGCGCUCCCCACCGGCAACAUCUGCCCGUCCGGCCGCGUCGCGGGGGCGACGGCGGCCGCCACGCAGCCGCCGCGCGCUCGCCCGGUCGUGCUCGGAUCCGGCACCGGCCACUACGGCCAUGGCAGCAUCAUGCGCGGCGGCGGCGGCGGGAGUGGCGGGGGAGCGACUCCCGCGAGGACCAGCGUUGACGCGGCCCCGCUGCUCCACAGCAACAACUCCUCGAGGUCCCCGGCUAGGUGCCCUGCGCCGCCGGCCACCAGCGGUGGUCUGCAGGAAAUCACUCGCGCGGGGAACGAGUGGUACAAGAAGGGCCGCCAUGCCGAGGCGCUGCGGCACUACGACCGUACCGUGGCGCUCUGCCCCGACAGCGCCGCGUGCCGCGGCAACCGCGCCGCCGCGCUCAUCGGGCUCGGCCGCCUACCAGAAGCGUUCCGCGAGUGUGAGGAGGCCGUCCGCCUCGAUCCGGCCAGCGGCCGUGCGCACGGCCGCCUCGCCGGCUUAUGCCUCAGGCUUGGGAUGAUUGAGAAGGCAAGGACGCACUUCACACUGGCAGGAAGUGUAAACCAGUCUGACCCUGCUGAGUGGCAGAAGCUGCAUGAGGUGGAAAUCCAUCAAGGGAGAUGCAUGGAUGCAAGGAAAAUUGGAGAUUGGAAGAGUGCACUCAGGGAAGCCGAUGCAGCCAUUGCCAUUGGAGCGGACUCCUCUAGAUUGCUUCUUGCCUUGAGGUCGGAAGCACUGCUUCGGUUGCACAAAUUAGAGGAAGCUGAUUCAACUAUUACAAGCUUAUUGAAAUUGGAUAAUGCAUCAUUGCCUUCAAUGCCAACCAAAGUCUCAGGCUCAGGCAUGUCAGCUGAUUCUUAUGUCCAUAUUGUCCAAGCCCAGGUCAACAUGGCAUUUGGAAGGUUUGAUUCAGCUGUUGCACUGGCUGAGAAGGCUAAGCUUAUUGAUCGUGUGAGCUCAGAGGUUGAAGUGAUCCUAAAUAACGUGAGAUUAGUCGCAAUGGCUCGAGCCCAGGGGAAUGACCUUUUUAAGGCAGGCAAGUUUGCUGAAGCAUCUGUAGCCUAUGGUGAAGGGCUGAAAUAUGAGCCCUCAAAUCCAGUACUAUACUGCAAUCGGGCAGCUUGCUGGUCAAAGCUGGGUCGGUGGGCAAAAGCUGUUGAGGACUGCAAUGAGACCCUAAGAGUCCAACCUAACUACACAAAGGCUCUGUUAAGACGUGCAGCGUCCUAUGCAAAGCUUGAGCGUUGGGCUGAUUGUGUGCGGGACUAUGAGGUGCUUUGCAAGGAUCUUCCUGGUGACACGGAGGUUGCAGAGUCCUUGUUCCAUGCCCAAGUCGCAUUAAAGACAGCCCGUGGAGAGGAGGUGUCCAAUAUGAAGUUUGGAGGGGGAGUUGAAGAAAUUACCAGCUUAGAGCAACUCCAAGAUGCUAUCCAUUCACCUGGUGUAUCUGUUCUUUACUUCAUGGCUACAACGAACAAGCAAUGUGCACAAAUUACCUCAUCUGUGGACUCCCUUUGCUCUGAGUGCCCUGCAGUGAAUUUUCUGAAGGUAAAUGUUGAUGAGAGCCCUCUGUUAGCAAGGGCAGAGAAUGUGCGAGUAGUCCCAAGCUUCAAAAUUUACAAGGAUGGUACGAGAGUGAAGGAGAUGAUCUGCCCUAGCUUACAGGUCUUGCGCUAUUCUGUGAGGCACUAUGCUGUCUCCAGCUCUUGA